GAGAAGCAAUUAGUUUGUGGGCUUUGAAUAAACCUUCUCAGACUAGGAGAGUCUGGGAGUCAGUCACCGUCAGCUCUGCUUCACUCUCUCAGGCACUCUUCUCCUCCUACCCCCUCUCGACUGUUCUCCCCCCCUCCCCUCUCUCUCGUUCUUGCUUCAUAUUUGUUUUCUCUGGUGCUUUCUUUUAUUCUCGCCUGUUGCUUCUCCUCCUCCUCCUCCUCCUCCUCCUCCUGCUGCUGCUGCUGCUAGUGCCACAAAGUUAGUCUAGAGAGAAAGUGCUGGGUGAUGGACUGCUGAACAGCUUGUACAUUGCUACAAAGUGAGCUGUGAGCUGAGUGAUUGACAGGACCGACGACAUGGGGAAGCAGAACAGCAAGCUCCGCCCUGAGGUGAUGCAGGACCUGCUGGAGAGCACCGACUUCACCGAGCACGAGAUCCAGGAGUGGUACAAGGGCUUCCUCAGGGACUGCCCCAGCGGGAACCUCUCCAUGGAGGAGUUCAAGAAGAUCUACGGUAACUUCUUCCCCUACGGAGACGCUUCAAAGUUCGCCGAACACGUCUUCCGCACGUUCGACGCUAACGGGGAUGGGACAAUAGACUUUCGGGAGUUUAUCAUCGCGCUGAGUGUGACGUCGCGCGGCAAGCUGGAGCAGAAGCUGAAAUGGGCCUUCAGUAUGUACGACCUGGACGGGAACGGGUACAUCAGUAAAGCUGAGAUGCUGGAGAUUGUGCAGGCGAUAUAUAAGAUGGUGUCGUCCGUGAUGAAGAUGCCCGAGGAUGAGUCGACACCUGAGAAGAGGACAGAGAAGAUCUUCAGGCAGAUGGACACCAACAGAGACGGCAAACUGUCUCUGGAAGAGUUCAUCAAAGGAUGCUUCUUUGGGGUGCUAAAUGCCCACAACUCUCCACUGUGGAGAGUCUGA